UGAGGCUUUAACACAGUCUGUUUUUAACUGUCUGUCAUCAUUCAGUCAGUAUGGAGCUCAGUCAACUUCCUCUUGUGCUCUUGUUGAUUUCAAACAUCCAUUCUGGACAGACUGAAGAAAGACUAAAAGCCAAGGUGACCAUUAAACCCGAUCAACGUGUAUUCAGAGGAGACACAGUCACUCUCAGAUGUGACAUAUAUGGUGGAGGAGUCACUAUCUGGCAGUACAGCUGGUAUAAAGACAGUUCAGACAAUGCUUUCAGUGAACUACAGGAACACACAUUCAGUCAUGUUACUGAGUCUGAUGCAGGUAAAUACUCCUGUUAUGGAGCAGAGAGAGGAGGAUCACGCAGAUCACAGCACAGUGAUCCAGUUACACUGACAGUAUCAGAUUUUCCCAAACCAACUGUGACUGUUGAGCCACAAAGUUCAGUGUUCCUUGGAGACACAGUUAUUCUGAGAUGUGAGGUGGAUCAAACUUGGGUUAGAUGGGAGUUUCUCUGGAUAAAAGACUCAAAAACUCAAUUGACUGAAGUUGCAACUAAAACAAUUGAUUCAGUGAAAUUCUCUGAUGGAGGAGAGUACAAGUGCAGAGCACGAAGGGAAGGAUAUUACACACAUCACAGUGAACCAGUAACAGUGACAAUAUACGAAAGACCAAAAGCCAAAGUGACCAUUAAACCUGAUCAACAUGUAUUCAGAGGAGAGACAGUCACUCUCAGAUGUGACAUAUAUGGUGAAGGAGUCACUAGCUGGCAGUACAGCUGGUAUAAAGAUGGUUCAGUCGGUGUUUUCAGUGAACUUCAGGAACACACAUUCAGGUCUGCUGCUGUGUCUGAUGCAGGAAAUUACUUCUGUUAUGGAGUAAAGAUAGGAGGAUCACGCAGCUCACAACACAGUGAUGCAGUUACACUGACAGUAUCAGAUCUCAGAGCAGUUUUAAGUGUUUCUACUCAGAAGUGGUUGACUGAAGGAGACCCAGUGACUCUGAUCUGUGAGGUUAACCGGUCCUUUACAGGCUGGACAUUCAGCUGGUACUUUGUAAUGAUGUCAUCUGACUACAGCAGUCAUCAUUAUAAGCUGCUCUCAGACAGCAGCAGAGGAGAUGGAGGAAACUAUACUGUCAGUUCUGCUGCUCUAAAUCACACAGGAGCUUACGUGUGCAGAGCAGAGAGAAGAAAGCCAAUGUAUUAUACAACCAUCAGCAACACACAACCACUAUGGGUCACUGCUGUUACUUCCUUCUCAGGUGUUUCUCCUCCAGUCUCUCUGAUCAUCAGUCCCAACAGAACUCAACACUUCACAUCUGUCUCUCUCUCUCUGAGCUGUGAGGACCAGAAUAACUCUGAUAGAUGGAGAGUGAGAAGAUACACAGAGAGUUGGGGGCUGGAAGAUUGUUCAUCAUCACUGUGGGGAUCACAAACAGGAUCUACAUGUACAAUCAGCUCCACUAUCGCAUCAGACACUGGAGUGUACUGGUGUCAGUCUGAAUCUGGAGAGAACAAUCAUCCUGUUAAUAUCACGGUACACUUUUUUGUGAUUCUGGAGAGUCCUGUUCAUCCUGUGACUGAAGGAGAUUCUCUGACUCUUCGCUGUUUAUAUAAACAUUCAACCCCACCAAACCUCAGAGCUGAUUUCUAUAAAGAUGGAUCUCUCAUCCAGAAUCAAACUACAGAGAUGAUCAUCUCUAAUGUCUCAAAGUCACAUGAGGGUUUCUACUACUGCAAACACCCAGAGAGAGGAGAGUCACUCAAGAGCUGGAUCUCAGUCAGAGGAGUUUCAAAUGAAAGAUGCUAUACAUUGUCUCAUUCAGAAUCUCAGAUCUCUGUCCUCCACACACUCGGUUCUGUACUGGCAGUUUGUCCAUAUCUGCUAGCGACAGUCAUGCUGAUUUUCAAAUGCUGCAGAAUGAGAGUUACAUCUGUUGAAGAGGAAGAAACUUCUAUCUGAUGUUAAUCUGUUGUGACAGUGAGAAAACGUCAGCUUUACUUUCGGAGUGACAACUGCAAUUAAAUGCAGGAAUGAAUCCUCUUACUAAUUGUUCUGUGUGCGCGCAUGAAAUACAGGAGUCACUCCUGAUUCACGAUGACUAACCUUUUGGCAUUUUAUGGUUGUUAAAGUCAACAUGAGCGUUACCAGCCAACCUGACUUCCAUUGAUUUUUUCCCCCAUUUUUAAGUAUGGUAAUAUGGACCAAACCUCUCUGUGCUUUCCCAACCUUCACUGAGUUUUAGCAUCACAAGUACAUGACCAUCAGUUUAGUUUAUCCAAUUACAUUGUUUUCUUUUUUUUCAUCUUUUAAUAUUGAUGUUUGCUUUAUUUAAAAUAAAAUGUCUUUCUGAGGCCUGACAAGACACUGGCUGUCUGUUUAAAAUGUUUUAAAGGGCUUACCAUACUACAUUUCCUUAAUGAUUUAUCAUAUGAAUAAAAGUUUAAUGGUUCUUUUUUGUUCUGCUUUAAUAUUAUAACACAUUAAAACCCACAUGAACACACAA